CAAAGUUCCCACGUUUGAUACUUGGGAACACUAUUGAUUGGGCGCCGAGAAAAUGGGGCAAAAAGCAUCACAACAGCUGGCUCUGAAGGAUGGUGACGAGGUCCUCGGCAUUUGUGAGGUGGUCAGCGGAGCUACAAUCCACGCAGCUCAGAAACUGAAGGAGUAUCUUGGAUUUGAGUAUCCUCUGAGUAAACUCUGCCCAGCUGCAAAUACUCUGAAUGAGAUCUUCUUAAUCCACUUCAUCACUUUCUGCCAAGAAAAGGGAGUGGAUGAAUGGCUUACCACCACCAAGAUGACCAAGAACCAAACCUUACUGUUUGGGGCAGAUUGGAUUUGGACCUUUUGGGGAUCUGAUAAGCAAAUAAAGCUUCAGUUGGCAGUACAGACUCUGCGGAUGUCUUCUCUUCUUCCCAUAGAAUCCAAGCCUUGUGACCCCUCCAAUCUAGAACCAAGGGUAAAGGAGUCUCCCUGGAAGAAAAGCAGAUUUGAUAAGCUGGAAGAAUUCUGUAGUUUGAUAGGAGAGGAUUGUCUGGGCCUGUUUAUCAUCUUUGGUGUGCCGGGAAAGCCUAAGGACAUCAGAGGAGUUGUCCUGGACAGCAUCAAAAGUCAGAUGGCAAGGUCUCCAAUAGCAUAA